UGACUCCGAAAAACGUCAAAAGCGUCCGGCGUUUGGGUUCGUGUUUGGCUCAGAGUCAGGUGCUUUGCUUAGUCUGUGCUCGUUGCAUGUUCUUCCACCUUUGGGCGCUGCUGCACAGCGCCGUAGCAACCGAUGGAUGCAAUGCUCCCAUUCGGAACGCCUCUUCGGCGCAGUCUUUACGGGAGAUCCUGAUGAGCAUGCCCAGAGGUAGGUGGCUGUUCGUACCCGGUUCCACCCAGCGCGACGCCACGCCCAGCUUGGCGUGGAACCAAGCCAAUGGACAGCUUCAGGCUAUGCAUUCUUUGACCUUGAUGAGACCUUGGCCAUGCCCAGCACACCCUUCAUCUUUGGCAUGCCUCAGAGCGAUGCCUUUCUGAAGCGUCUCACUGCUUGUGAGGAGGAGGCCAUGUCCUCAUUGGGCUCUCGUAUGGAAGCGGCCUACUAUGCGGCACCGCUUCAGCUGGUGGAUCAAACCUUGCCGGCCCUGGUGCGGCACUUGCGCUCGGAGGGCUGGGCUGUCUAUGGCGCCACCUCGCGAAGGACCGGCGACAGUGUGCCAUAUGACUGGCAUAGCUGGCUGCUGGUGGAUUUCUUACUGGAACAUGGUCUUCACUUCACACCACUGUCAACAGAAACCGUGCACCUGGGCAAUGCCACUAGGGCAGGCGGAAUCUUCUUCGUGGGCGGCGAAGAGGUGAAUAAGGGUCAUGUCAUUCAUCAAGUCGUCCCAGCAGGUCAUAUGGCGGUGCUCAUCGACAACACUUAUGACAAAUUACUGCGAGCUCGGAGUUCCUCUUCCUGCAGAUUUCAGGGCGUGCAUUUCACGGCAGCACACGGGUUAGAAUCAGAUGAUGAGUCGAGGCAGCGGUGGUUGUGUGAGCAGCUGGCCCAGAUUGGAAGACGUUGCAAGUCCUGUGGCCAAGAGCUGUGAGCGACCUCCUUCCAACAGCACGAGCCAGUGGUCAUGUGCAGCCUGGGUCACAAAGAGAUGUCUCACUCCAGCCAGUUCCUGUCGCCGUUGCAGUCACUGAGGAAGCAAUUGCCUCGAGUCCAUAUCCCAAUUUCAUGCACGAUGCAUUUGCAGCCUGCGUGAACUAGGGACUGGAUCGGGCUUCACUCCAAAAGGAGAAACCAAAUUUGGUUUUGGUUGACGCGGUUCGACUGAGGCAGAUAUUCUUGCCCCAGGUGCUUCUAGGUAGCUUUGGAUGAAUGGUCAAGCACCUGAAUCUCAGAUCGGUGAUGUUGAGCCCAAUGUCCUUUGAUUUUGAACUCGGUAUCACGGAUUUUGGAUUCAGGUGGUUCUCCAGUUCUCCAUUCCAAAGCCUUCUUCAUUUCAAUCGUGAACGCCUCAAUGCAGUGAGGGAUGCUACACGGUGCCUUCUUUACAUACUGUUUGAGAGAAUGUUUAGAGAGAACGUCCAGGCCAUGCCAAUUAGGAAGGAUCAGCUUCAUCAUGGAUCAUGGAUCCAUGCACAUCGUUUUGCUUCUGAACUGGAUCGUCUUUCUUUGCGAGACGCCCAUUCCGCGAGACGUUUCGCUGCACCGCCGUUGACGUGCAUCUUAGCCUCCGUGCUCAUCACAAUGGUUUCGUCUUUGCCCAGAUUCGUGCAUCUCUGCGAAAGUCAAAGACGGUCACUUUGAGG